AUGAUCUACGAGCUUCUAGUGCUAGCAAUCGCGGCAUCCUACGUCCUAGCAAUCUACGCCUUGCAGCCCGCAGAGAUAACCCACAAAGACCGAAACGACCCCAAGGUGAUCACCCACAGAUUCAAACGCGUCGGGUCGCUCUGUCUCGUUCUCCUCCUAGUGACCCCAUUCUGCGUCAAGGGCACAUUCCCAGGAAAUGUGCGGCUGAUUGGGUUGAUCCCCGGUUUCACCGACACUUUUGACUUUGCAGUUGACGCGUGGAACUUGUGGAAUGCAGUCUCGUUCAUUUGCAUCGUUUUCUCCUCGGCGAUUUUCCAGUGGCUAGAAGGCGAUGAUCCGUGUGGCGACCACUCGCAAUUUGUCCGCGACUAUCUCUUUGCUCCAAUCACGGAGGAGUUGCUUUACCGGGGGUUGAUUUUGCUAGUUGUCCGCCGAGAGUGCCCUGCGUUUUUGCCAUUCACGCCGUUUUUGUUUGCGUUUGCUCAUCUUCAUCAUGGAUGGCGGAUGCAUGUCGCCGGGGUGCCGAUCUUGCUGAUUUUGGCGACAACGGGAUUCCAGUUUGCUUACACGUCGUUGUUUGGGUACUUGGCCAACUCGAUUUAUCUAAAGAGUUGCAAUUUGUGGAGUGCUAUCAUCGUGCAUCUGGGGUGCAAUUUCUUUGGAUUUCCUUCUUUUGCCAUUGAAUCGAACCAUUUGUGGACUAAAGUGGUCUAUUACGGGUUGCUUGUCAUUGGUUUUGCCCGGCUAUACAGAGAAUGCGUGGCCUGA